UAUAACAUCGCUGCACAGGUCGUCCUGUAGUAUGUCAGAUUAGCAGCAGCAUCAGUAGCUCAUUAUCUGGUAACGUUAUAUAACAAUGUGUUGUGCGCUUUUGCCUCAGCGGUUAGCAUAAUGAGCAUGUGCGGUUUGAAUAAUAUAUCAUUUUAUUCAUGACAUUUACUUUAGCUAGCCUGAGCGGCUAACCUUUAGCAAAGCGCCCGCUGUCAUUGAUGAAGUUCAGCUAAUGUUAAUGUUAAUGGCAGCCAGCGCUUCGUAGUCAAAGCGUGUAACGUCCCCGUUCACUAGCGUCAUGCCACAAGAAGCGCUCUUCCUCGACCCGGCGCCGGCGGGCCCGUUUGACAGCGGCGGGAAGGAGACGAAGAGCAGGAGCCGACUCGGUGUCGUCGUCACCGGGGUGCUGGGGGGCUCGCUGGUCGCCCUGUACGCGGUGGCUGCUCCGUUUGUCACUCCCGCUCUGAGGAAGGUCUGUCUCCCGUUCGUCCCAGCGACCACAGCCCAGGUGGACAAUGUCCUCAGGGUGCUGCGGGCCAGAUCAGGGACCCUGGUGGACAUCGGCAGCGGAGAUGGAAGAAUAGUGAUAGCAGCAGCCAAGCAUGGGUUCCAGGCGUCGGGCUUUGAGCUGAACCCCUGGCUGGUGUGGUAUUCUCGCUACAAGGCCUGGAGAGAGGGAGUCCAUCGCUCCACCUCCUUCCACAUCUCUGACUUGUGGAAGGUCAGUUUUGCUCAGUACUCCAAUGUUGUCAUUUUUGGAGUCCCUCAGAUGAUGGACCAGCUGGAGCUGAAGCUGGCAAGCGAGUUACCGAGCACAGCCAAGGUGGUGGCAUGCCGCUUUCCCUUCCCCACUUGGGUCCCUGAACAUGCCGCUGGGGAGGGCAUAGACACUGUGUGGGUGUACGAUGCAAAGACAUUUAAGUCACACCUGCAACACGGAAUGACAAGGAAGACAACAGCACAACACGAGGACACACCAGAUUCACAAACAUAAACGCUAACAGAUCUUGUUAAGUUGUCAUCAUGCAAUGUUUUUUUAAAUCCAUGCAUUUCUACUCCUCCUCCAGUGGACCUGACAUGGCUGGACUGAUGAAUGUAAAGUCUCUAUACAUCAGUGUCCAAGUCUGAGGUUGAGCAUGUAAAAAGCAGGAAAAAACAGCUCGACACUGGAACUGACCUUGAUGAGUGGUGACGCUCAUGUUAAAGCCGGCUGUUUCCAGCAGAAUUGUGAAUCUCCUCUACGUCUGUAUUGCUGCACACUCUAUGGACGGCUGAAUGAUCAGACAGGCAUUUCAGAUCUGAUACACGUGUGAUGAUCAAAACCAGGAUUCAAAGAGUAAAUGAUGAUGACUUGAGGAAAUUGAAUUCCUAAUAGGAAAAAGUGCUUUAAUGAUUAAAAAAAGAUGAUGAUUGAAAGUUGCAGUGAAUUG